ACAAUACCGUGCGACGCAGCGCGCAUGCGCACAACACUACCCAACCAGUGUCGACCCCAGCCAUCUAUUAUGCUUCUUCGCAAUAAAAGCUACCCGAAAAUCUGCAAGGAAAACGCUACCGGAGCUGCUUGGAGUGAAACGUGCUGACACUCAGGUCCUGAGAUGGGAUGUGUGUGUCGAGGUGGGACUAAGGAGCAGCAAGAGGAUCAUUGUAACUGAGCUAAGAGACGUACAGACGUCAUUCAGGCAACUUCUUCCCCUUAACUGAGCAGUAUGUCGGUAGUCACAUCCCCUGCCCAGGUGCCUCCACCUAUUGUGAACCCUCCCCCUCCUGAGGUCACGAACCCUGUUAAGCCUGGCCGAAAAACUAACCAGCUACAAUACAUGCAGAACGUGGUUGUGAAGACUCUAUGGAAGCAUCAGUUUGCGUGGCCCUUUUACACACCUGUGGAUGCCAUCAAAUUGAGUCUGCCAGACUACCAUAAAAUUAUCAAGAAUCCAAUGGACAUGGGAACCAUAAAGAAGCGACUUGAGAAUAAUUACUAUUGGACUGCUGGCGAAUGCAUGCAGGACUUUAACACUAUGUUCACAAACUGUUACAUCUAUAACAAGCCCACAGAUGACAUUGUCCUCAUGGCUCAAGCCUUGGAAAAGAUUUUCCUCCAAAAGGUAGCUCAGAUGCCCCAGGAGGAGGUGGAACUUUUACCCCCACCACCGAAGGGUAAAGCACGGAAACCUGGACCACCUCCUACUUCAGAAAACCAACAAUCGAUAGCACUGACUACUGGUUCUCCAUCCUCGUCAUGUCCGAGCUCCCCUCCUCAGCUGGUUCAGACUCCUGUAAUAGCUCCGACUCCAGUCUCGACCAUCACCUCCAAUGUCCAAGCUGUGCCCCCUGCCACGUCCAUGAUCCCAACCGCACAACCUGUUGUCAAAAAGAAAGGGGUGAAGCGGAAAGCAGACACUACCACACCCACAACCUGUGCGAUCACUGCCAGCAGAAGUGAGUCGCCCACUGCGAUGUUGGAAUCCAAACACAGUAAAGUAAUUUCCAGACGAGAGAGCACAGGUCGACCCAUCAAACCUCCCAAAAAGGACCUGGAGGAUGGAGAUGUCCAGCAGCAAGGCAACAAGAAAAGCAAGCUCAACGAUCAUCUCAAAUACUGUGAUACUAUCCUUAAAGAGAUGCUUUCCAAGAAGCAUGCAGCCUACGCCUGGCCCUUCUACAAGCCCGUAGAUGCAGAGGCGCUCGAGCUGCAUGACUAUCAUGAAAUCAUCAAGCAACCAAUGGACCUCAGCACUGUCAAAAAAAAGAUGGACAGUCGAGAAUACCAAGACGCCCAAAGUUUCGCAGCAGAUAUUCGGUUAAUGUUCUCAAAUUGUUACAAAUACAACCCACCCGAUCACGAAGUCGUUGCCAUGGCAAGAAAACUCCAGGAUGUGUUUGAGAUGAAAUUCGCUAAGAUGCCCGAUGAACCCGUAGAGCCGUCCUCACCCAAUGCGGUGUCGGCCACGGCAGUGGUGAGCAAAAGCACCGGCAGCAGCGAGAGCAGCGUGGACUCUUCCAGCUCCAGCUCCGACUCGGAGGAGGAACGGGCCACUCGGCUGGCUGAGCUGCAGGAACAGCAAUUCGCUGUGGAGCAGCCCAAUGGUAACAGGGCGGGGACAAAAAACGGGUGUGCCAAACAUUUUCAGCUGAAGGCUGUUCAUGAACAGCUAGCCGCUCUGUCACAGGGUCCUGUGAGCAAACCAAAGAAAAAGAAAGAGAAGAAGAAAAAAGACAAAGAGAAAGACAAAGACAAAAGCAAGGUCAAGGUGGAAGAUGACAAAAAGGCCAAGUCCUCACAAACGAAUAAGCAAACUCAGCAGCAGCAGAAGAAGACCUCUGCGCGGAAACCCAACAGCACAUCCAUCACGAGGCAACCGAAAAAGGGGGGCAAACCUGGCUCUGCAAACUACGAGUCUGACGAGGAGGAGUCUCUUCCCAUGUCUUACGACGAGAAACGGCAGCUCAGCCUGGAUAUCAACCGUUUGCCGGGUGAGAAACUGGGCCGUGUGGUCCACAUCAUCCAGUCGCGUGAGCCGUCGCUGCGAGACUCCAACCCAGACGAGAUCGAGAUCGACUUCGAAACGCUCAAGCCUUCCACGCUGCGUGAGCUCGAACGAUACGUCAAGUCCUGUUUACAGAAAAAGCAGCGCAAACCUUUACCGGGCACUGGGAAAAAGAGUGCCAAGUCUAAAGAGGAACUGGUUCAGGAAAAGAAGAAAGAGUUAGAAAAGAGGCUACAGGACGUGAGCGGACAACUGAACAACAACAACAAGAAACCACCCAAAAAAGAGAAGGCAGGGUCAGCGCAGGGGGGUGGGCCAUCUCGGCUGAGUGGCAGCAGCAGUUCUUCAGAUUCGGGUUGCUGCUCGUUAGAUCCAUACUGA